UUAAAUAUUAAUUAAUUAUUAUUACUGUAUGACUUUUAGAACGUUUAAACAGACUACUGGGUUAAUUGUUUAAUUAAGUAAAACAGUUCAGAGUUGCAUGUCGUCCUUUAUCACACCAACAGGGGGCGGUAAAGCACCAUAAAGAUGUUUAUAACUCCAAACAAGAAGAAGAAGAGGGAUGUUUUGUUUUUUGUAGCCGCCCGGUGUUGGGUUCAGGUAUUUCCGACAGCACCUGACAGCAGCCGGACUCCUCCUGCAGGCUGCAGCUGAAGUGAUCCUCCAGACCUCCACCUCCUCUCCUCACCGGGCCUCCUCCUCCUCCGUCAGCCGGCCAUGGCGCUCCGCAGGUUCUUCGUGGGAGGAAACUGGAAGAUGAACGGGAACAAGGAGAGUUUGACGGAGCUGAUGACCACCCUGAACACCGCCAGCCUGCACGACGAGACCGAGGUGGUGUGCGGCGCGCCCUCCAUCUACCUGGACUUGGCUCGGUCCAGUCUGGACCAGAGGAUCGGAGUCGCAGCUCAGAACUGCUACAGGGUGGCCAAAGGAGCGUUCACAGGGGAGAUCAGUCCGGCCAUGAUAAAGGACUGCGGGGUGGACUGGGUGAUUCUGGGACACUCUGAGCGCCGACACGUCUUCGGGGAAAGUGACGAGCUGAUUGGUCAGAAGGUGUCUCACGCUCUGGAGAGUGACCUGGGCGUGAUCGCCUGCAUCGGGGAGACGCUGGAGGAACGCGAGGCCGGCACCACAGAAGAAGUCGUCUUCGCUCAGACGCAGGUCAUUUCAGAGAACGUGAAGGACUGGAGCAGAGUGGUGCUGGCGUAUGAACCUGUGUGGGCCAUCGGCACCGGCAAGACCGCCUCACCUGAACAGGCUCAGGAGGUCCAUGAGAAGCUGAGGCAGUGGUUUCGGGCCAACGUCUCGGAUGACGUGGCCGACUCUCUGCGCAUCAUCUACGGAGGUUCGGUGACUGCAGCUAACUGCAGAGAGCUGGCGUCUCAGAGCGACGUGGACGGCUUCCUGGUGGGCGGAGCUUCUCUCAAACCGGAGUUUGUCGACAUCAUCAACGCACGCGCUUAACGGGCGCAGGGCAGGAACAAGCCCCGCCCCUUUUGAUGUUCACCCUGUCACUGCACGCUGGGCUCACUGACCCACAGGCCGAGGUGUGUCCAAGGUUUAUUUUCCUGAAUACAUGAUGAAUGAGGUAAAUAUGGACCAGUAGAGUUACUUUAAAGUCUGUACUGUUGUGUCAUAUUACAGUUUAGAGUCAAAUCUAUUUGUGUUUGUAUUUCUUUUUACCAUUAGGUCAGUUUCUAAUAGUGUUGAGAGGAAUGUUUAGAUAAAAAAAGAGGAGAAAUAUGACGUACUGUUUGGAGGAAAAGUUUAGGCAGUUUAUUUGAAGUGAAAUAUUUUGGGAUCAGUCACCGCAGGUCUUAAACACUGUUGGCAUUAGUUGUAUUAAUGAUGCACUUUCACUCACUCUUCACCUAAAUGCACUAACUGUUACUUCAGGGUCUGAAAAUAGAAAUGUUCUGGACAGAAUGUGUUUAGAUGUAUAUGUAGAUGUAUAAUAUAAUAUAUAGAGAAGUCUAUCUUUCUGCUGGUACUGGAGUCAGAAACUUUGAUUGUUUCUGUAGUAAACACUCCACACUGCUGCUGUAUGUUUAACACUGGCUGUCACAUGUUCGCCAUAUUAAUAAGAAGGAUGUGACCGAUGUAAGAACAGAAUAAAUGAAUUAAUGAAUAAAUAAAAUGUGUUUGUGUGCUCAC